AUGAACACUACCAGUAUCGUUGGCUGGGUUCCUGAGCCUCAAGGACGAGGCACCAUCGGCCUUAUCUGGAGUUGUCUUGUUACUAUCUUCCUUUGUACCUGGAAUGUCGUACAUCCCAAUCUUCCAGCGGAGACGGAUAAAGCCUGGAAGACACUAUGGCGUCGUUCUCGAUAUCUUAUGGUCGUCUUGGUUGUGCCCGAAUGGUUCUGUGUCGUGGCUGCACAGGACUUCCUUAACGCACGUGCAGUGCAGAGAGAGUCACCUGGGUGGACCCUCGCAAAGUGCCAUUAUCUGCUCAUGGGGGGUUUUGCUGUGAAGGCCAAUGGCAGGGUGAUCCACCUGUCGCCCAAAAAGCUAAUGAAGCUAUUCCACGCGGAUGUACUACCCUGGCCCGAUACCACAGAAGCAGAGAUUCUGGAUCGAAGCAAGGCGGACUGGGUUUUAAAAUCCCUAGCUUUGGUCCAGGCCAUUUGGUUUGCGUUGCAGGUCGCCGGCCGUGCCGCUCAACAGCUAUCCACAACGACAUUGGAGCUGUUCACUUUAGGAAUCAUUUCUUGCUCUUUUGUUACGUAUGCUGCGUGGUGGGCAAAGCCGUUCGACGUUCGUAAGCCUACAGUCCUUGAGUCGAAGAAGCCACUGCUAGAGACUAGAGAGCCUGUCAGCAGGCUAGGUUUUCGAUAUGAUCUGGAGAUGUUGAAUUCAGAGCUGCCUUUCAUAUUGGGAGUUGGUGGGGCGCUGACACUCGGGGCUCUGCAUCUUGUAGGAUGGCAGUUCCACUUCCCUACCGAGACGGAACGCUGGCUUUGGAGAGGAAGCAGCAUCGCAUGCGUCGCGAUACCUCUGAUGGUUUAUGCAUUUGACCGGAUCUUUGGAGAACGGGCAGACUGGCCAGGAUAUAUCCUUGCUGGUCUGUACAUUCUCUGCCGCCUCUACAUGAUGGUGGAGAUGUUCGCCGGCCUUAGAGCAGUGCCAGCUGAUGUCUACAAGGUACCACAGUGGUCUCAGUAUAUCCCUUCGAUUGGAUAG